GUUCGGAGAAGAGCGCGCGCGCAUCCUACCCCGUGCGAGAGAUCCGUACUCGCCCUCACAUAUUGUUCCGAACAUUAUGACUUAAAGACUUUUCCAACAAUAUUCAUCACCUAAAAAAGGACUCUAUCAAUUCUGGACUUUAUUGUGACUCGAAUGUGCAGUGAUUAAUCCCGACAUUUCACCGGCCGAUCGAUCACGCUCAACCGAUAUUUUGUUGGCGACAUCACCGGCCGAUAAUCGAAGCGACGUCCCGAUUCUUUUUAUUUUGUUAAUAAUUUAUUUAUCCUCAUUAACUGUGAUGGACGAGUUCGGUCGCAUUCUUGGAGAUUACUCAUUUAUGACAUGAGCUUUGUGGGUGUAUAGGACUUGGGUAAAACUUGCUGCUUAAGAUGGAGACUUUGGUACUGAUCCCUCAAGACCUGAGCUUGGCGCUGAGGCCUGGUGGUGCGAGGGGACGAGAGGCUUCUGUCAGCGUUUGGACGUCCACUGAGGUCCAGCGAGGGACCCUCUUCUACCCCUUCCAAGGAACCAUCAGGAUUGACAAGCUUCAUGUCUACUCUUACGUGCCUGAUCAUGAUAUUCGUCAUCGAUUUGGCUUGUUUGACGAAGUGACGUCAUCAGGGAGUGUGCAAGUUCGUCACUGUAACUGGGUUCGGUUUCUUCGUGUGUCGGAGAACUAUGGACCUCAAGUAAACCUAGUCUGCACAAAAGUGAAGGGAGAGCCGGUAUACGAAGCGGUCAAGCCAGUGUCACCACACACAGAGCUGGUGGUCUACUACUUGCCUGAGAGACCUGAGGAGAUGUUCUUCGUCAGAAUGAGGAACAACCUGUACAGACAGACCAUGGACUCUAUAUUAGAAGAUUCUCCUCUAGACCUUUCAACUUCACUUCUAUCAAGAGUCCUUCUUCCUAUCUCACCACCUUCAGGAACCGAAGAUGAACACAAGUCAGUCUCUGGAGAUUCCUUAACCUCAUCAUCAGCUGGGUCAUCAAGUGAAAUUUUGGAAAUGACACCUAAAAUUCAGAGAAGACCAGCGAAAUCAGAAAGAGCGCUUUUACCUUGUGAAGUUUGUGGGAAAGCCUUUGAUAGACCUUCGUUAUUGAAGAGACAUAUGAGAACACAUACAGGCGAGAAGCCCCACGUCUGUAUGGUAUGUAACAAAGGAUUCAGCACGUCAAGCAGUCUCAACACCCAUCGCAGAAUACACUCCGGCGAAAAACCUCAUCAGUGUCAGCAUUGUGGGAAACGGUUCACAGCCAGUUCGAAUUUAUACUACCAUCGGAUGACGCAUAUAAAGGAGAAGCCUCAUAAGUGCAGCCUCUGCUCCAAGUCGUUCCCGACCCCCGGUGACCUCAAGUCGCACAUGUACGUGCACAGCGGUUCCUGGCCUUACAAAUGUCACAUCUGCUCCCGAGGGUUCUCCAAGCAUACCAACCUGAAGAACCACCUAUUCUUGCAUACCGCUAAACAUCAAAGAAACAGCGCCAAGGAGGGCAACACUUGAAACGACAAUUUAUAUUCAUUUUACAAUAAAUAACAAAAAUAAAACGUAAUUUUAAGAGUCGAAUACACUUCGUACUGCUUACAUAUUUUUGUAAAUAUUUUACAAUAUCAAAGUGUGAUAUUAGACUUUAAGUAAUUUUAAGCGUUUAUUUAUUUUAAAGUGUUAUCUUCUGUAUAGUGAUAGUUUUAAUGGAAGUUUUAACUUAAAAAUUAAGGGGAAUUGAAUGGGGGUAUUUUUUAAAACAAAUAAAGACUUUUAACUUUAUUAUUAGUGAUUUAGUGGUGAAAUAUAAUUAAGAACCUGUUUGGAAAUGUCAAUUUAGAGCUUAGCUGACUUUUAGUUCGUCUGGACCUAUUUAAAAAUAUUUAAGGGUUGAAAGAUUUUAAGUUAUUAUUUCGCAUCGAAUUUUGGAGAAAUGUACACAAAUGAGUUCCGCAAAUUGUGGUAAACACAAACAUGACAGAUAGUUGGCCUAUUUAAAGUUAUUUUACAUUAUCCACGUGUAAAUAAACGCACAAUAAAACUACAUAGUAUUAUGUAGAAUAUAUAUAAUUUAAAAACUAUAUAGUACAUAAUGUACGUACGUAUAUUGUGAUUUUUAUCCGUCCGUAUUUUGUACAUAUCGCUUCAUUUGUACAACGAAUUAUUAAGUU